CUUUUAAGUAGUCGAGUAGUUCAUAUCAGCUUGUAACUUCGCUAUCUACCGCGUCACGACGUGCAUCAUAUCCGCUAGGAUUAUCAUGCGGUCGCUAUCAAUUGAAUUCGUUCAUUAAUUGCAAUUUUUUCCAGUAAACAUCUCGGACUUGAAGUAAAUGUUUAUUGAGAACACGCUUUAAUUCGAAAUAUAAAAUUACUUUGAAUCUUGGGUUAAAUCUGAUGAAUUCGCGUUCGCAGGCUUUUAUAUUCUUGCCUAAUUAAUUACGACGCAUUUACUCAGUAGAUUCAAUAAAUUAGACGCAUUCGCUACAGUUUUAGUUUCAACAAGUGUACAUAAAUGGGGAUGAUUAUUACAUCAGGCAAUGUAGUCAUUAAAAAAAAUGCGAGUAAUUUAAUCGGGAUCAGUAUUGGUGGUGGGUCGCCAUAUUGUCCUUGUUUGUAUAUUGUUCAAAUAUUUGACAAUACACCUGCGGCUUUAGAAGGUACUUUGCAAUCUGGAGAUGAGCUAUGUUCUGUAAAUGGGACAUCAGUCAAAGGAAAAACGAAAGAGGAAGUUGCUACAAUGAUUCAAACCUCUGAAAAUCAAGUGAGCAUCAAUUAUAAUAAACUUCAUGCUGAUCCUCGUCAAGGACGAACAUUAGACAUAGCGUUAAAAAAAGUGAAGCAUCGGUUGGUCGAGAGUAUGGGUAACGCAACAGCCGAUGCUCUUGGAUUAUCUAGAGCAAUUCUGUGUAAUGAUGCUCUAGUGCAGAAGCUUCUAAUUUUACAACGUACUGAAAGUUUAUACAAGGAUCUCGUAGCUUAUGCUAAAUCUAUGUUACAUGCGUUUUUUGAUCUGAUUCAAAUUCACAAAGUGUUUGGAGAUUGUUUCGUAUCGAUAGGAGUUAAAGAGCCUCAGCCUCGCGCGAGCGAAGCAUUCAGACAAUUCGGAGAGCAGCAUCGACAAAUUGAAAAAUUCGGAAAGUUAAUGCUGAAGAUGUUGAAACCUAUUUUAAAUGAUCUAGGAACUUAUCUUCACAAAGUAAUUCCUGACACCCGAUUAACAAUCAGCAAGUACGCUGAUGCCAAAUUCGAGUAUUUGUCUUACUGUUUGAAAGUGAAAGAACUAGACGACGAAGAACAAAGUUAUAUUGCUCUUCAAGAACCUUUGUACCGAGUGGAAACCGGAAACUAUGAGUACAGACUAGUCUUGAGGUGCAGACAAGAAGCUAGAUUAAAGUUUGCGAAACAAAGGUCUGAUGUUCUAAUAAAGUUAGAGCUAUUAGACAACAAACAUGUCCAGGAUAUUGUCUGGCAAUUCCAAAAAUUUGCUUCGGGUCUCGCUACGUAUUAUUCUAAAAUCCAAAGUAUUUUGUCUACGAACUUGUUUCCAGUUGAAGUCGACCUGACACGAUCCGCCUUUCAGUAUAAGUUAUCCGAACAAAAUGUGAGUGAACAAGAGUUUGACAGUGAGACGGAUUCGAAAGAUGAAAUUAAUGAAAACGUCGUUGAUGAAACUCCGAUGAUAGAUACUACGUCUUUGCCAUAAUUUUAAUUUUACGAGUUAUGCGAUACUAUUCUCUCAGAUGCCAUUAUGUAAGAAUUGUUUGGAGUAUAUAAGUUAAUAAUAAACUUAAUUUGAGAACAUGA